CUGAUGAUGAAGAGAAUAGUCAGAUACCAAAUCCUUAUAGCAAAAGCCGUAAUUUUAUGAAGGAAUUUAAAAAAAUUCAAGAUAAUAGACCUAAUAAUAUUUGCCCAAUUGCUUCUAAUCAGGAAAACCUUUGCGAUAUUUCAAAAAACUUUGAAGCAGAGAAUGAUAUAUUUUUUGAAUUAAAAGAUGAGAAUAAUAUGAGCUUUAAAGUUGCAAAUGAUAAAGAAUUUAUCAAAAUUUUUUAA